GGGAAUUGCAGAGGGCAGAUGGGGUAGGGAAAGGGGGGCCCUCAAGGCCCCAACAACCCCAAUACCUCUGCCAAUCCUCUACUCCAAGAAGGGAGGCUGCUCCCCAAGGCGGCCCAAGGAUCCUGGGGUUCUGGUGGUGAGACAGGCCUGGACAGCUCUGGUCUAGGAAGCCAUGGGCCACAGGGAAAGGAACCAACACCAUGCAGGGGCUGCACUGACACCCAGGAUGGUGCCUUCUGUAUGCUGGACUGAGACCAUGGUGACUGCCCACCCCGUGUGGACAGUAGCUGUGGCCAGGCUAACCUCCUUGACAGCACCAUGCUCUGUGUUGCAGCCUCCUGCGCACUCACCUCCAGGCCCGGCUGUCUUGGUUUCCUGGGCAAUAGAACCUCUCACAUUGCACCUUCAAGGCUGCCAACAGCUGACAGCAUUAGUACCAGAAGGAUGGACCAGCUCCUGCCCACCUAGCCACUGGACCCAGGCUACCAGCACUCAUUGAGGAGGCCGAGCCACUCUGGUGUGGCCAGAGGCAAAGCCACCAGGGCUGAGGAGGCUACUGUGCUGACUGGGUGCCCCUCAAGCCUUCAAGGCUGUGAGCGUGGCCAGUCUGGCAUUCACAGACCCUCAACAACCCAGUUCCAGCACAUUCCCCAGCGAAGAUGAGACUGAGCCAGACUGGACCCAGGGCUGGGAGAUGGGUCAGGAGAGCCUGGCCUGGGGAAUGGGAGGGAGGACUCCAGACAAAGGAGGCUGCUGGAAACAGGCUGUGGGCCAUGGCAGUCGAGGUAGGGACCCCAGACAGCCCCGGUGGAUUUACAGGGUGGGGCUGCUGUGCAUGCUGACAGGGCUCCAUGAGCCCUGAGCACCUGCAUCCCCUACAUCCCACAAUGGCAGGGAGGGAUUCACGUGGUCACACCACCCCACAGGCAGAGCUGGAGUCACACACGGUCUCACACCCAUGCUGUGGCUCUAGGAGAAAGUUCUGGAUGCAGCUCCUUGAGGUAUAGAAUGCAGGAGGGCUGGGGCAAAGGCGACAUGGCCAGGAGGGAGCAUGUGCCUUGGUCCAGUGUCCUGGGCCCAGCUCAGGAUCUGAUUUUACUGUGGGGCCAGGUCAGCACCCUGGGGGCAUCUGAACCCUUCAUCCUGCAGCACCUGCCCAAACGUCUGGCCUGGGCAGUGCCCGCCCCCCGCUGGGGUAACUGGCCUGUGGCUGUCCUUGGGGCUGUCAUCACUGAGUGCUGUCCUGGGGAAACCAGCACCCCAUUAUCCGGAUCGCUGCCCUCUUGGACUGCAAGUAACAUACAGAGAAUGGGAGAACAAGGAAACAGGUCAUUUCUCAGGACACGGUUCCCACAGAGGCGCUAAGGACCGGGUACCAGCCCUCAGUGUGGAGUAGCUCCUGGCGUCGUCCUCCCGCUCCUGUGAUCGGGAGGGGGCGAGGGGGAGUUUUAACCGACCAGCUCCCACCGGGCCUCAGGCCCAGGAACACUGGCAGGUGUGGCCUCGGUGUCCAGCUAUUCUGCCGCGGUAGCCCUCGCCCAGCGGUCCUCAGCCUCGGUCCCUCUGCCGGCGCCGGGACCAGAACCACAAGGCUGAUUUGGGGGCGCCCCUCCACGAGUCACCCGGGCCGCAGCUUCACCGGCCUAAUAGUCCUCUCAGCCAGUAGGUCACUACGGACCGGCGGGCGAGGAAGCCAAUCAGAACUAAGCUUCUGGGGGCGCGGCCCGCGCAGGCGAAUAGGCGGUGCUCGGCGCCCCGGGGCUUCCGCUCGGGGCAACCACGCUUUCGGCGGGGCGGAUGGCUUUGCUCAGGGCCGUGCUCCGUGCCUCGCCACCGGCCGGCCGCGCCAGACCGCCGCCUGCGUCCCGUUCCGCCGCCAUGGAGUCCGCCCCGGCUGCCUGAGCCCGACGCGGGCGCCGAGGCCGAGGCCGCGCUCUUCUUCAGCGGCAACGCGCUGCUGCCGGGCGCCGACCCCGCCGCGCACUGCUACUGCGGCCACCAGUUUGGGCAGUUCGCCGGGCAGCUGGGCGACGGCGCCGCCAUGUACCUGGGCGAGGUGUGCACGGAGGCCGGCGAGCGCUGGGAGCUGCAGCUCAAGGGCGCCGGCCCCACGGCUUUCUCCAGACAGGCCGAUGGUCGCAAAGUCCUGAGGUCGAGCAUCCGCGAGUUCCUGUGCAGCGAGGCCAUGUUCCACCUGGGGGUCCCCACCACCCGGGCCGGGGCCUGCGUCACAUCCGAGUCCACAGUGGUGCGAGACGUGUUCUAUGAUGGUAAUCCAAAAUACGAAAAGUGCACGGUUGUGUUGCGUAUAGCUCCCACCUUCAUAAGGUUUGGAUCCUUUGAGAUCUUUAAGCCAGCUGAUGAGCACACAGGGCGUGCGGGCCCCAGUGUGGAGCGGAAUGAUAUCCGAGUCCAGCUGCUUGAUUAUGUGAUCAGCUCUUUCUACCCUGAAAUCCAGGCUGCCCACGCCUGCGACAGCGACCAUGUGCCAAGGAACGCUGCUUUCUUCCGGGAGGUCACACGACGCACAGCCCGCAUGGUGGCCGAGUGGCAGUGUGUGGGCUUCUGCCACGGUGUCCUGAACACCGACAACAUGAGCAUUGUGGGGCUCACCAUCGACUACGGGCCUUUUGGCUUCCUGGACAGGUAUGACCCUGACCAUGUGUGCAACGCCUCUGACAGCGCCGGGCGCUACACAUAUAGCAAGCAGCCUGAGGUAUGUAAGUGGAACCUGCAGAAGCUGGCCGAGGCACUGGAGCCCGAGCUGCCCCUCGCUGUGGGUGAGGCCAUCGUGGCUGAAGAGUUUGAUGCCGAGUUCCAGAAGCACUACCUGCACAAGAUGCGCAGGAAGCUGGGCCUCGUGCGGAGUGAGCAGGAAGAAGACAGCACGCUAAUAGCCAAGCUCCUGGAGACCAUGCACCUGACUGGGGCUGACUUCACCAACACCUUCUGCUUGCUGAGCUCCUUCCCUGCUGAGCCAGAGGCUCCAGGCCUGGCUGAGUUCCUGAGCGCACUGGCCUCACAGUGCGCCUCCCUGGAGGAGCUGCGGCUUGCCUUUCGACCCCAGAUGGACCCUCGCCAGCUUUCCAUGAUGCUGAUGUUGGCCCAGUCGAACCCGCAGCUCUUUGCACUUAUUGGCACCCAGGCCAAUGUCACCAAAGAGCUGGAGCGCGUGGAGCAGCAGUCUCGGCUGCAGCGCCUGACCCCUGAGGAGCUGCAGAGCCGCAACAGCGCACACUGGGCCACCUGGCUGCAGGCCUACAGGGCCCGGCUGGACAAGGACAGGGAGGACGCUGGUGACACUGCUGCCUGGCAAGCAGAGCGCUUGCAUGUGAUGCACACCAGCAACCCCAAGUAUGUCCUGAGGAACUACAUUGCACAGAAUGCCAUUGAGGCUGCUGAGAAUGGGGACUUCUCAGAGGUGCGGCAGGUGCUGAAGCUGCUGGAGUCUCCUUACCGGCAGGAGGGGGAACAUGCUGAGGCCCCAGAGGCUGCAGGCCCUGAGGGGGCUGCCACGGUGGCCAGCAGGCGGCCAUCCUAUAGCAGCAAGCCCCCACUCUGGGCAGCUGAGCUGUGUGUGACAUGAUCCUCGUAGCAGCCCCCACACCUGGGAGGCUCCUGAGGCCAUGUGCACUGCUGAGCUGCUGAGACUGCAGCCCCUCUGCGCUCUCCAUGACGGCAGGGACGUACAGUCAGGACCUGACCUGUUUCUGUCCGACACUCGCUCAGCUGUGCUGCUCUGGUCCAGUGACCACAAGGACAAAGGCCCUGCCAAGUGCUUGUGGGCGGCAGAGCCAGGCCACCCUGCCGAAUAAAGCAGCAGUUCCCACA